AUGCAAUAUCUGAAUUGGCCGUCUUGUACUGGGACCAUCGCCGACUGACACACAAAUGUCGGCAUCUUUGGAUAAUCGCGACUGCUCGAAACUCAAGUGGCGGCCACCUUGAGCGAAAAGCUCGCUUGGCAUAAAGAAGCAUGAACACCGAUAUGAAUAAUACAUCUGGAUUGGAAACACAAAACUCAUCUGCCAUACUUCCGCUUCCCGAAGAUGUUAUCGCACAAAUCAGGUCCUCCACCACAAUCACCAGUCUCAACGCUGUCAUACUUGGCUUAUUCGAAAACUCCUUGGACGCACAAGCAACCAAAAUAGACGUCUCUAUUGACUUUCGCCGAGGCGGAUGUACCAUCGAGGACAAUGGCAUCGGCAUAACACCCUCAGAGUUUCGCGAGACUGGCGGGCUGGGUCGCAUGUACCACACUUCCAAGCACAAUGCGCAGCUUGAUACUCAUGGUGGCCAAGGGACAUUUCUGGCUUCUUUGGGAGCACUCUCGCUGCUUACGGUCACGUCACGACAUGUGAAUCAUUACUCUCACAACACUCUUGUUUUGCAUCGAGGAAAGAUGCUGUCCAGGUUGACACCCACACUGCCUCAGCACGAGAUACGCAAUACUGCUGGCCACGGCACACAUGUGUCUGUCAGAGAUCUGUUUGGUAACAUGCCUGUGAGAGUGAAACAACGUGCUCUCAACACAGAAGAAGGAGGCAAUGCAUCGGAAAUAGAAUGGCAAGCUCUGAAAGUUGGUCUGGUGGGCUUGCUCUUACCAUGGCAUCGUCGUGUUACUGUCAAGGUGACGGAUGCUGGAAAUUCAAGCAGAUCACUCUCUGUAAACACCGCAUCACACUUUACUCCCAAUGCCUUGAGCGAGAGAAAUCUGAACACCUUGAAUAGGAGGACGACAGGCUUUGACCAAAGCACUGUGUUGAAUAUAUUGUCUCAGUCAGGCAUCAUCUCAACCGGUUCCAAAUUUCCCUGGAUUCCAGUUUCUGCAUCUACCCGCUCGGUCACGGUAAGCGGAAUCGUUUCGCUGGAGCCAGCUCCCAACAGAAUUGCUCAAUUCAUCUCUAUUGGUAUCAUACCCUGCUUGGAUGGGAAUCGCCAUAACGAGCUCUAUGAGACGGUUAACCGGAUCUUCAGCCAAUCAAGCUUCGGUCAAAUCGAAGAAGAAGCUGAGCCCGGCGAGACAGAGUUGAAACGUCGGGGGAAUGACCGACGGUACAAAAGAGACGGCCUUACAAAAAAGCAGCUGGAAGGAGGCAGGAAAGGGGUCGAUCGCUGGCCAAGAUUUUACUUCCGCAUCGAUUUAAACCCUGACGAGGGUGUACAGUCUUUCAGCAAGCUCAGCGACGUAUACCUCAAGGGCAUCACAAACGUCUUGGAGAGCUUGACCAUACAUUGGCUGGAAGCGAACAACUUUCGGCCGAGGAAGCAGAGACAGCGAAAGCAAGCAAGAGAUGGUAACAACCAGAUAUCAGCGGAGCAUCAACACAGUCCGCGAUUGCCGAGCACGAAACCCCGAUCACCAUCUGCUUCUUUGCGACACUCCACUGGUCUUAUACGCUCAGCAAGCCAGUCUGAUAUUUCUUGCAAAGACUCCCGAGCCUCUAAGAGGGCUCGGUCAGGUCUUGCCGUAGACACUGCUACACAAACAAUGCCUUUUACAGAUUGGAGUCGGAUCAAGAGUGCUCGUCCGCAGAUGUACGAACACAUAUGGAAAGGCAAGACACCACAAAAUAGACCACCUGUCAUCGAGAAGUCGACAAUAGAUGACAAUGUCUGUAUCUCUUCGACGCCGAGUUCCCUCGAGGUCGACAACCAUGGAACUGGUCAAUGUGAACUUGGCCCUGAAUCUUUGAACGGCACGAUUACAGGACAAGAGUACGAACACGUGGAACCGACUCGUCUCCGAGAUCAAGAUGAAGAAGCCUACAUUGUCUGGCUUGACUCCAAAACAGGCCAGAAGUAUCGUAUCAAUGCGCGUACCGGCGUCGUGAUGCCAGAAGAGGCACGUCAGCCUUCCUCCAAUCCUGCGCCCAGUGGUAGGACAGCAGCUGCGUCAGACUCGCGUCUGUCUUCGUUUGGCAAGCCUUUAGUACUACAGCGAAGAGGGGACAAACCAAAGUCCACAAUCGAUGCACCCUUUAACGCUAGCUCUCCCUCGCCAUGGCUGGAAGGCUUUCUGCAAAACUGGAAGAAUCCAACCUUUGCACCUCAGCCUGAAAAGCCUAUAGCGACACUUGGCUUUAGCGGUUUAGAGCGAGACACACUGCAAUCUCACAAUUGCCACAGUCGAUGUGACGUGGCUGACGCAUUCUCGCAUGCUGGCGCGAUUGAUUCAAGCCGGGUGUCUAAGUCUGCAUUGCAACAUGCACAAGUCAUCUCACAAGUUGACGAAAAGUUCAUCUUGUUGAGACUACCGAGCCUAACUGGACCAAAGUCACAGGAGCUGAAUCACGCCAGGCAGUUACUGGUGCUUGUCGAUCAACACGCAGCCUCUGAGCGUUGCAUUCUUGAGACGUUGUUGGAAGAGCUCUGUACACCUACUCUGGGUAACCUGGUCGUAAAGUCAAGUCUUGGACACACAUCAACCAUCCUCACUCAUCCCCUCGACAAGCCACUGCACUUCCAGGUCCCAGAGCAAGAAGAGGCUAUGUUCAAAACCCACGCAGCCCACUUCGCAGCGUGGGGUAUCCUCUACGACAUCACUCUACACAGACCAGAUACACCUCGUCUACGCAUCUUGACCUUGCCACCAGGUAUCUCAGAACGCUGCAAAGCCUCUCCAAACCUCCUCAUCGAACUCCUGCGCACUGAAAUUCAUACCCUCGCUGAGAAUAACACGCGCACUCUCCCUCCCACUUCUACAACCACGAUCACAAAACACGGAUGGCUUAAACGUAUAGGCUCUUGUCCGAAAGACAUUUUGCAGUUGUUGAACUCACGUGCUUGUAGAAGCGCAGUCAUGUUUAAUGAUAAAUUGACGCGGGAGCAAUGUCAAGAGCUGGUGGAUAGAGUGGCGGGAACAGCAUUUCCAUUUAUUUGUGCACAUGGGAGGAAUAGUAUGGUGCCGUUGGUUUAUCUUGAUGGUGAGGGAGGUGAGGAUGGUGGGUUUGGUGGAGGGGAAGAGGUUGAGGAAGCAGGGUUUGGGGAGAGGUAUAGGGAGUGGAGGGGUAAGAAGUAGAGAGGUAUUUGAGAUAUGGUAGUAGGCAAUUGCUGUAUGAGAACAAUCGCUGCGGACAGGCUUUUCAGACUAUAGAGAGUGUAUGAUGUUAUUCCGGGUGCCAACGGGAAAUAUGUCUCUAUAGGUUAAUGCCCAUCGUAUCUUGAUUUCUCUAGAGAUGUCUUUAUGCCGGCGAGAAGAUUAUGCACUCACUGCCAUUCUCAGCCAAGAGACUGAUCUCCAAAAAAAAACACUGGUAUAGCACAAGAAAAGGCACAGUCUCGAAGAAAAGAAAAAAAAAACAUUGUGCUCCAUGAGUAAAGCACUAUCCAUGCUUCGCUUAGAAAAGAAACCCC